AUGACGGUAACACACGUUGAUGGCUCACCUGGCAGUGUUCGUUACGUCCACAAUGAUGUCAUGGUACCUGACUUCUCUGCCUAUCGCCGUCAAGAUGUGCUAGAUCCCACCACAUCUUCUCAAAGCAGCAGUGAAUCUAGAAAAGGGUUUUCCUACCUGGUGACUGCCACGGCCUGUGUAGCAACAGCAUAUACUGCUAAGAAUGUUGUCACCCAGUUUAUUUCCAGCCUGAGUGCCUCUGCUGAUGUGCUAGCAUUGUCAAAGAUUGAGAUCAAGUUAUCUGACAUUCCAGAAGGCAAGAACAUGGCUUUCAAGUGGAGAGGGAAGCCCCUUUUUGUGCGCCACAGAACCCAGGCAGAGAUCACUCAGGAAGCUGAAGUUGAUUUGUCUAAACUGAGGGAUCCGCAGCAUGACUUAGACAGAGUACAGAAACCGGAGUGGGUCAUAUUGAUUGGUGUCUGCACUCACCUUGGCUGCGUGCCCAUUGCUAACUCUGGAGAUUUUGGCGGUUAUUACUGCCCUUGCCAUGGGUCCCAUUACGAUGCCUCUGGCAGAAUCAGGAAAGGUCCCGCUCCCUAUAACCUCGAGGUUCCGACUUACCAGUUUCUUGAUGAUGAUAUAGUGGUUGUUGGCUGAGUAUUGAGGCACUUGCUCACUUUCAUGUUCCUGUGAAUGUACGCUCUGUAAGGGUUAACAGAUUCUGGAAUACUGUAAAACCAGAUGAUCCUAAAAACAUAUUAGCUGUCUAGAGUCUCAACCAGAAGUAUGUUUGAAUACUUCACUGUUCAGUUUUAAUAAAAACUUGGAGUGAGCACUUGU